AUGUCUGACUUUGGACGCAAGGGUCUCGGUGAGCAGGCUCAGGAGAAGAUUACGCCCGACUCUCAGAAAUCCACUCUCGACCAGACGAAGGAGUCGAUGUCGGGCGCCUACGACCGAGCUGCUGGCGCCGUUCAGCCCGAGGGGAACAAAUCCGCCACUCAAAAGCUCGGCGACACUACCCGCAGCGGUGGCGAUCAGGGCAAGGGCAUGCUGGGCCAGGCACAGGAGGCCCUUAGCAAUGUCGGUCAAUCAGUCCAAGAUACCUUCUCUGGCGGCAGGAAGUAA